AUGUGUUUGGGCUUCCAAGAGGAACACGAUCCGAUUGAAGAGGCUGUAGACAAGGCCAUUGAUGCUGGCAAACUUAUCAUCGCCGCUGCCUCAAACAACGGUGGUCUCUCCGGACGUGCUAGGCCAGCCCGCCAUGAGGGGGUAAUUUGCAUCCACGCCACGGAUGGGAGGGGCAACAAAGGCGGCAUGAACCCUUCUCCUCUGCCCAAUAGGAACAACUUUGCCACGCUAGGCGUCGCAGUCCGAUGUUUGUGGAAAGGCAAGGUGUGGAAGUCCGGCACCUCCUUCGCUGUGCCCAUUGCAGCAGGUUUCGCUGCAGAUAUCAUGGAGUUUGCGAGGUGCAGAUGCACCAAUCUCAAGUCUAGGAAGCUCAAGAAGCUGCAACGAAAAGAUGGCAUGCGGGCCAUUUUCGAGCGCAUGGAAAAGUUGAGGGAUGGCUAUGACUUCAUUGCCCCUCGGAGCUGUGGAACGGGCGGUGGAGUCCACAAGCGGAGCAGGAUAUUGUGGAUCUUAUUGAGCGCACAAUGGAGCCCCUCUAGCAGAGUGCAAAGCCGGACCUUAUUGAAGGAUUUAUCCACAUACAUCCUCAACGGCUCCCGGCUUCUUCUCCCUUGUUCACUUUCGCACAGCUCAGUCCGUUCACUUGCCCGUUCAGAUGGAAGGCUCGACAGCAAAACCAACAGUCGAGCCUGCCCGCAAUUUUGA